CUGCCUGACAAAGUUGCCUCGACAUGCAGACGUGAUUAACAACAGCGUCAUGCUGCAUUUCAAACCGAGCAGCACCGAGAAUGAGAGCAGGAUUUGGACACAAAGGUGGAUAUUUGGAUGUUUGAUUAUUACUCCGCGAGACUCGUUGACAGCGUUUCACAGAGACUUGUGGAUAACUGACCGGUACUUUUCUCAGUGCGCCAUGCGCGGAUCAGUCUGAGCAUCCUCGAGAAUAGAGACGCCGGGGGUUUUACUUGGGAGAGGAAUCUAACGGCUGCUCGAUUCCUUUGGAAAAUUACGUCCUCUUUUUUUGCAUCAUGCCACCGUAUUUGUGAAGUUUCGGGACAGGAUUUUCGCGGAUUCUCCAUGCGCAUGUGAGACUGACAUGAAUUACUUGGAUGUGGCUUCGUUAUUGUCUGCGCCUACUGCAGUACUCUUUUUGGCUGUAACUUGAAAAAAAAAUCUUUCGCUGUGAAGACAUGGAUAGGGAGUUCUGAACCCGGAUUUUUUUCACCCUUUAAUCUGGAGUUGGAAGUAAAUGACAUUCGCCCCGGUUCAGCUGUACGGUUAUAGAUGCAGAACUAAACCGGAUAGCUCAUCCAGGUCCGGGAGAGUAAAGGGCAGGUGCGCUUUGGAGUCGGCGGCUGCGCGGAGAGACCGGGCUAGUGGAUUAGGACGGUACCUGUCUGUGGAGAGCGCGUCAUGCGGACUCGGAUGUCGCGCACCAGAAGCCAUUAAAACCUGUAGGCUGGAGCUGACAGAUAAGCGGAUAUGGGCUCUGCUCUGCGGCGUCGCUGGCUAGUGGUCCAACUCCUGAUGCAGGUGUGGCUGGCGGCAAAUCCAUCUCUGAGUGAGCGCCCAUGCCCCAAGAGCUGUCGCUGUGAUGGAAAAAUUGUCUACUGUGAGUCAAGCGCCUUUCGCGAUGUCCCCAAGAACCUCUCAGGAGGCUGUGAAGGCCUGUCCUUACGGUACAACAGCCUCGCCAGUCUCCGUGCAGGCCAGUUUGUAGGCCUCAACCACCUCAUCUGGCUCUACUUGGACCACAAUUACAUUGCCUCUGUGGAUGCAAUGGCUUUUCAGGGGGUCCGCAGACUUAAAGAGCUGAUCCUGAGUUCCAACAAGAUCACAUCGCUUCACAACACCACAUUCCACCCUGUCCCUAAUUUGCGUAAUCUGGACCUGUCAUACAACAAACUGCAAGCCUUGCAGCCUGGGCAGUUCCAGGGCCUACGAAAGCUUCUCAGCCUUCACAUACGCUCAAACUCUCUAAAAAUUGUCCCAGUGCGUCUGUUCCAAGAUUGCAGAAACCUUGAGUUCCUGGAUCUGGGUUACAACCGUCUGCGCAGUAUCACUCGAAAUGCAUUUUCAGGCCUAGUCAAGCUCACUGAGCUGCACCUGGAGCAUAACCAGUUCUCAAAGAUCAAUUUCUCUCACUUCCCUCGCCUCUACAAUCUGCGGGCACUUUACCUGCAGUGGAAUCGCAUUCGCUCAAUGAACCAGGGCCUGACCUGGACCUGGGCCUCCAUCCAGAAACUGGAUCUGUCUGGAAACGAUCUGACGGAAGUGGAUGCUGUGGUUUACCAAUGCCUACCGAACCUGCAGACCCUCAAUCUGGACUCCAACAAGCUGACCAACGUGUCCCAGGAGGUGGUUGAUGCCUGGAUCUCUCUGACUACGAUUAGCUUAGCUGGGAAUGUAUGGGACUGUGGCCCUGCCAUCUGUCCUCUGGUGGGCUGGCUGAGAAACUUCAGAGGGGCAAAGGAGACCACCAUGAUCUGCGCCUCCCCCAAGAAAGCCCAGGGAGAGAAAGUGAUGGAUGCUGUUGAAGCUUUUGGUGUUUGUCAAUCAAACCCAGCGACAACACUCACUGUGAGUAUCCCUCCAACCCCAUCCAGUGUCCCUGUGCAGACUGAACGCCGCCCAGCCAUUCUGACUUUACCUACUGGUUCUGGAAAGAGAGGAGAGGGCUCUAUCCGAGGCCCCACAUCGUCAACUGUUACCCCACCUGUGGCACUUCCCCCAGAGCAAGACUUGGAGCCUGUGUCCUUCCAUAAGAUUGUGGCCGGAAGCGUUGCCCUUUUUCUAUCUGUUGCAAUGAUCCUGUUGGUAAUCUACGUGUCUUGGAAGCGCUAUCCGAGCAGUGUCAAGCAGCUGCAGGAGCAUUCGGCAGCAGCCCGCAAACGCCGCAAGAAAGCUAGAGAGACGGAGCGCACCCUGAGCUCUCCGCUGCAGGAGUACUAUGUGGACUACAAGCCCACCAAUUCUGAGGCCAUGGAUGUGCUUGUGAAUGGGACCGGACCCUGCACCUAUACCAUCUCAGGCUCCCGAGAAUGCGAGGUCCCCCAUCAGUUGGGUGCGCUGACCUUCUACCGCUACGAACAGCCUAUCGUAGACUACUGCCAGGCCCAUCAACCCCUGCGGCUCAACAUGGGCUACGAGGGACCCCCACAGGGCCUGGAGGGCCUGGAGGACCUGGGGCCGUGUGAUAGGGGCACUAUACAGACAGUGGCGCUGCCUGCCGUGCCCUCUGCCGCCAGCAUAGGUGCCCCUGUGCCAGGGCCUCGAUCUCCUCCGCCACCCCUCAGACCACCGACUGAAGGUCCCAGCGGCAAUCCUUUUCCUACCGCCGAACGCACCGGCACGCUCAAAUUUGGACGCUAGCGAGCCAAGUCUGGUUGCUAGAAGUGGGGCAAGGGCCUCUGAUUCACCGUGACUUUGUAAUGAAGGGGCAGGCGAGCUGGUUAUUCAGUGGGGCCUUGUUUUCAGAACAUGAGUAUGUGAACUAGAGGACAAAUUUUUCUAAUUCUGCCUGGAGGGAUUUGGCAUCUGAAACACACAGUCUCACUAAUAUACAGUAGAGGGUGAGACAUCCUUGCAGAUCAUUUUGAUUAUGAUUUUUGUUUUUUCCAAAGCACCUCAUAUUAAACUUGUUACUACUGAAUCAUGGGAGGUAAUAAAAAUAUUACAUGUUUCUAGAUCUGGUCUUUGCCAUAUCCCAUCACAGGGGGAUCUGACCACAGCAGUCCAUAUGCACUAAGUCAGGAGUGAAAGGGAAAGUGCAAUAAACACAAGUUCUGGAUCACAAAAAGAGAGAGCAGUAGUAUUAAUCUAAAAGAGAUGGAGCUGGACAUCAUGUGAAGAGCAAGGGGCUUCAUACUGUGACUAUUAUUAAAAUAUCUAGUCAGUAGUUGUUAACAAAGGCAAAUCCAUAUCAUUAUUUCAUAAAGAUGAGUCAUUCUCUCAAGACAGCCUCAUAGAAUUCUCUUUUCUCUUACUUUCUUUUGUUUCUUUAGAGUGGUACUUCAUGCUGAAUUCCAUUAAUGUGCAUGUCAAACCAAAGAGUUUUACUUGUAUUUCUUUUCCUUUUUUCUUUUAUGCACAUAAGCUACUUUAGCUAAGGGCAUUUUUUAAAAUGCCAGUUGGUCUACUAAACUAGCAUCUGCCAACUCAGAUUCACAAUUGCAACCAAAUCCCCUGGUGGUUUCAGAUGAACUCAGCUUGUCUGUACAGAUUAGCAAAGUACACGGUACAUACAAGUGAAGUAGUGAAACUGCAAAUUUUUAGAUAUUUAUCACAACAGUUACCUGGUCCUCCGAACAUCAGUUUAAUUGUCAUUCAUGUUCUUGGUGAUGCUACGAACAGCAAACAACCACACAAACACUUUAGAGGAGAUGCUAUGGCAUGAUCCAUAAGUUCCUUGAACAUACAGGGGCCCUUCACACAGCAGAAUGGCAGGUCUUUGUAUAUGAUUAUAUCCCAGCUGAAUGAUUCACUAUGCUUUAAAGAGGUAAUCAUGGGGAAUUUAUGUGGUAAAAAUAAGUACAUUUGAAUGCAAAGUAUUGUACAUAUUCUUACGGAAAGGUCCACUUUACUGAAGGUCAAACCACUCUCACUGCCCCAAACAGUCAUUUGAAACAUUGUUGAGUCAAUGUUUGACUUUGAUCACACUGGACAAUUUGGAGAGCGCCAUCUUGCUGGGCUGGCAAAGCUCCGGCCAUGUGCUCUCCCUUCUCCCCUCAACCACAGAGAACAACAGUGCCUAGUGGGGGCAUGUUGAACCAGCACGUUGACUUCUCUUUGACCUGCGUAUGAACCCAUGGACAGUACUGGGAAUAUUGCCUGACAUCUCCGUUUUUUCUUUCCAGAAAGCGUGCCUGCAGUGCUGGACUUUAUUGCACUUGGUAACCCUUUGGCCACCGUGUCGAGCACUGCUCGUCAUUGACUUGUGGAGCUGAUGAGGACUUCAGAUACGGCCGUGAUGGCCUGUCAGAUAUCAUCUCCGGCUUACUCUAAGCGCUGAACCGGGGUCAUUUUCUACAUGUCAGUGGUCAUACUCUUGGGAGUUGUGCAAACUGUGCUUGGUCCUCCCACGACGGCGCAACUGAUUGAUCCACAGAUGAAAGCGAGGGGCCAAAUUUUCUCACGAAAGUGGGUGUAUCCUCAAGAUAAGAAAAAAAAUAGGAUUUUUUUUUGUUUGGUUUUCUUUUGUUAUUUUGUCUUUUUGGCUCGGAUCAUAAGAGACAGUUUUUGAGGUGUUCAAAGAUGAUGUCAAGAAAUUCUAUAAGACUAAUCAAAGGACAAAAUCAAAUAGAACUUAUUUAUCGUGUAAAUAGGGAAUCUUUAAAGAUGAAAAAAAAAAAGUAUGGACUUCACUUCUUCUGAAACACAAACUGCUUGUGAACAGAAGAGGAGCCUUAUUCACUUUCCAGUGGGAAUCUGUUACCAAGAUGACUCGGUGAAGAGGUUCCUACUGUAACGCUCCUGUUGUUUCAAUGAUAAAUAUUUUUCUAUCUGCUCCCGUCACUAUUCUACCAUUACACACAGAUUAUGUUACUGAAGUUAUUUCUCGAAUCCUACCAUUUUACUGAAUCAUGGGAAGAAGGGAAGAUUGGGAAACCCUGAUAUUAUGAUACACUUCAAGCGUCAAACCUCAUAGAGUUCCACAUUUUCUGUUCUGACAUCAGACAUGUUUCAUCUUGCAGGAGGUGGCUGUAUGAUGUGUUGUUAAGUACAUCCCAAUCCACCCCUCUUGUUUCAAGAAUCUCAACACUAUCUGCCAUUUCAAGGUCUACUCGGGGAGAAGAAGUGUGCUAUUCUUUAUCACCAAGAGUUUAACUUGGGAAGGAUGUUCUUUUUUUGAUGUGCCAUUAUUUUGUUAAAUGUUUUACCAAAAACCAGCCCCAAAACAACAAGUGACCCAAAAGUCUUCAUAGUUUCACGAUUAAGAAGGGGUUCAGUCCCCUUCAUGUACAGGACAUUGCAUAAAAAGCAGUUGAUUCGCUCAGUACGGUUGCUUAAUAGUGCUGGUGGAGUUUACUUUGUAAUAGCAGCUGUGCCGAUGUCUUUAUAAUGGGAGCUCUCUCAAUUCUAUCCAUGUAUUGUCUUGCCUUGCUCUAUAUCACCCCUGCUAACUCCUUGGCCUGAAUUUCAUGUCUGCCUCUGGGUGACUCGGGUGAACCUGUUUAAUGAUGUUCUAUUUCUGUCCGCAUGCUGAUAUUUUGGGAAACUAUGCCCAGUUAGGGAGGAGCGCUGAACCAGAGACAAACAGUAUGGGAGAUAUUUCCUGUCUGGGGUGCCCUAGAACCAGCAGCACGUGUCAUGGACAACUUCUCGGUUUUUAAAGCAACUCGUUUGCUGACCCAUCCCUGCCCCCCGUCUCGCCUAAAGUAGAAUUCCCUGGCACUAUAUAGGCUGUUAAACGGAAGACGAGGCCUGUGCUGGGCACUCACUCCGGGGACAGACUUUCCCUUUAAUAGUCUCUUGCUAAAGCCCAGUACCCCAUGUGUAGUAAUUACUUCAGUUUUCAGCAGUGAUAAUGGUUCAAUUCAGUCUAAACACAAUGAUCAAAGCUACUUUGCCCUUCAUGUGUAAUUAGAAAAUGCUAUUAAAAUCUUUGUCUGUUCACAAUUAAAUCAACUACUAAUAAGCAAUUGAUUAAUCAUGACUACCUCCCUGAUAAAAUCGGAUAUGUUCAGCGGAAUGUUCGAAUCCUGCUGCCAGUAAUUAUUUAGUCUUUUGUCCGUUUCGUUUUUGCCAUCAGAGAGCUGGAAGCACAGGCGCUGCAUGCUAAUGAUGCAUGUUUGAGCUGAACUCCAGGACCGUCUGCGCUAGCCCCGCAAUGCCAACAGGCUUUAUUUUCUCUUCUGCUUUGUUUGUUUAUGGUUUUGUACACCCCGAGCUCCCCGUCCUUCCCUUCACUCUUUGAGUUUAGGCUCAAGUCCCCACUGGGAACAUUUCUAUAUUUUUUUUCCUCUUUCCUUUCCUCCCCUCUUUUCUUUUUUUGCUUCUGGGGGGGUGAAUAAAGGUCUGAAGAAUUGCAGUGAAGAGUUCCAUAUUUCAGUGUUAAUGCGCAGAGGAAAAGCUCAAUGCAAAUCUCUGAGGGGACAGAGAGAAAGCAGAGGAGGCGAGAGGGGGAGCCAGAGACGCUGUACAAUAGGGAGGAUAUAGAGGGACGAAUGGGUAAGUGCAAGGACAUAUUCUGCUACAAUGAAAGCUUUGUGAUGUCUCUGAAUGUCCCAGGCAGCUUUAUUUCCACUUCAAGACAUGACACUAACUGCUUCAGCCAAGCUCAGACACACAUCAGUCACACACAUAGGAAUUCUGUAGAUUUUCAUGACAAGCAAAAUCAAAAUUGCAUCUUCUAAACUGUAUGUAGUAUUCAUGCACACUUACAAAGACAGUCAAACACCUUAAUUGGUUGACAUUUUAAUUUGCACUGUUACCAAGAAUCUAUUCUAUUUUGGCUGCCCUUAACCACAGAACGACCGUGCAUAAAUACAUAUACACAAAGACCAAAAACCUACAAACAGGCAACACACACGCCUUGAUAAAUGAUAAUAAAAUAGUGCAGGUUUUGACGCUCCCAUCCAUUUCAGCUCACCCAAGGCCAUCUGCGACGGUUCAGUAGGUUCUAAUCCAUUACCUGAUAAAUAGAUUUGAAAAAUUAAUUCCAAGCCAGACGUGGAGUUGCAGCUUUUCUUCUUCUCCCAUACAUCUGCGUCUCACCCACAGGCAUCGCCGGGGCAUACCCAUACAACACAGUCACGGCUCCAGACAGUCAGCACGUAUUCACACGGAUAGGGGGCGAAGCAAGAAGAAGAAGAAAAAGAAGAAAAAAAAGAAACAAGCUAAUGCUCCCCAUCUGCCACUUCUAGAUUCCUAAUUUGAGUUUCUAUUUUUGUUAGUGUGUCAUUAGUGUGUGCGCAGACUGCAAAGUGGUAAGAAUUAAUAACUCUGUCAGGCAGAAAGAGACUGGAGGCUUUGCUAGCAAGUUAGCGACCCCGCAUGUACCCAUAUGGCCUGUGUGUGUGUAUCUAUAGCAGCACCUACUCCUCUACCUCCUCUGAACCAACAUCACCGUUACUGAUGUUCAGGCCAGCCCGGUCCCCAUUGAUUGUUAUUGUUCCAUGCUGUUUCACAUUAGCAGGAAGUCUUUAACCUCUGACCCGCAUUGUCCUGGCUCUGUUUUUCCGCCAUUGCUCAUGUCAGAGGGGACACAGAAAGGGAAGGCAUGAUCAUUAACCUCUGUCAGGGAAACACACUUUUUCGUUUGUCUGACAAAGCCCGUUUACGCCCCUAAUUGGAUUUAAUGUGAGCACCGAAGAAAGGAAGGUUUUUAUUUAAAUGGGCUGCAUUUUACUCCUGCAGUUGGCUUGAGAGUGCAGUGAAAGGGAAAUCAGAGAGACACUGAUAGAAAACAAUAUCAGAAUUAGUCUUUGUUUCCUUGCAGGCUCAAACACUUUCCCUUUGUUUUUUGUUUUUCCUUUUUUUUGUUUGGCUGCCACUUAAAUGCUUUCCAUAUAAACCAGGGGGAACCCCGCUGUCUCCUUCUCAUCCAUUUCCUGCAGAGAGCAUUGGUUUCUGUAGGGUGUAAAUAUGCGCUGCACUGUUUUCUUUGGUAGUUGGUUUGUUGUUGAUUUUUUUCUUUCCUUUUUUUUUAUUAAUUGUUUUUUUGUUCGUUUGUUUAUUUUUUUGUUAUUUUUACUUUUUACUGUAUUCAGACCUAAAGCAUUUUUGUGGAGACCUGGUCCAAGCGCAAAAAUAUGGCUCUUCUUUGAGUAUAUUAUUGUCAGAAAAUGUUUUGUAAAAAUUUUGAUGAUGAUAUCAGAAAUAAACAUCUAAAGAUGGGA